AUGACUGAGCCGUGGAUGAACCGCGACGUUUUCAAGUUUGCUGGCUAUGGUGAUGGCACUCGGUUCACCUUGCGAUCAGUGGUAACGGGAAAAUACGUCACUGCACCUGGUGGGGGCGGCACAAUUAUGAGGUGCAACGACUCACUCACAACCAAGGACACCUACCUCCACCUCACCACUGUUGAAAAUGCUUCCCCCAACACUCGCAGAAUAUCCGUGCAGUGGCUGCAGUACUGGGCUGUGCGAAGCAACUCAAAAUACGUCUGGGUGCAGUCCACAAAGCCCGAGGGUGCAGCGAGCAACUUUGAGCUCUUCAUCUUCAACACGCCGCUUAACGAAUCAACGGAGCAGAGCAGCAGCAGUGUGCGCGUGGUGCUGCGCGCUCCCAACGGCCUCUUCCUGCAGGCCCGCACCGACGGCUCCCUCACGGCUGACCUCCAACACUCCCUUAGCAACGACGCCAUCUGGACCAGCGCUGCUGCAUUCAACCUCACUGUGUUGUGGCGGGUGGAGGGCGAUUUUCAGGCGGAUUUUACAGCCGGUGCAGCAGCACCAACCCUCUACGUGCUUCUUACCCCCCCUUCUCUCCACUCUCCCCCUCUCCCCCUCUCCCCACUCUCCCCCUCUCCCCCUCUCCCCCUCACCCCCCCUUCUCCCCACUCUCCCCCUCUCCCCCGCCCUCCACCUCCACCUCCACCUCCACCUCCACCUCCACCUCCACCUCCACCUCCACCUCCACCUCCCCGCUCCCAGCUGUGGCGGGUGGAGGGGGAUUUUCAGGCAGCCUACACAGCCGGUGCCGCAGCACCAACCCUCUACGAGAACAUUCGCCGAAACUUCAUGACUGAAGCAGACUGGGCAAAAAUGCAAGAACUGGGGAUCAACACGGCCCGCAUCCCUUUGCCCUACUGGAUUGCUCUUGACGCCACCCCAGAGUUCCCCUUUGUGCCCGGCGCAGCAGCAUAUCUAGACUGGGCGUUUGAAAUGGGGAGGAAGUACGGAGUGAGGAUUUGGUUCAGUGUGCAUGUGGCGCCAGGGUCGCAGGCAGGAAGGGGGAAUGCGAGGGAUGGGCUGAUUCGCUGGCGAGGGGAGAAUGUCAACCGCACGCUCGACUUUGUCACUUGGCUCGCUGACAGGUACGGCACCGACCCUAUGUGGCUGGGCAUGGGGCUGCUGAACGAGCCGGUGGUGCCGGGGGCCAACGGGUACGCGGGGGUGGAUCUGGAGGACAUGCGGGGGUACUACUCGGCGGCCUUCAACGCCAUCCGCGCGCGCUGCCUGUGCUGCUUCGUGGCCAUGGAGGGCCGCGUGGGCAGCAACUUUGGCGACGUGAUGUGGCACAUGAGCGACGCGUGGCACAACAACGUGAUCCUGGAGCAGCAUAUCUACGAGGUCUUUGGCAACUUCUUCAGCUCCCAAGGCGUCGACUGGGAGAUUGAAUACGCGCACACGACCCGAAAGGAGAACAUCAUCGCGUUUCAGCAGGUGGAUUGCCCUGUAUGGACCGUGGUUUUCCCUUGCUUCCAGGAAACAAAACGAAACAAGAAAAGGGAACUUCCUAAAGGUGGGUCUGGAGAACGACACACGACACAUACUGGCACGCCUCUGAAGUGGCGCGUGGCACAACAACGUGAUCCUGGAGCAGCAUAUCUACGAGGUCUUUGGCAACUUCUUCAGCUCCCAAGGCGUCGACUGGGAGAUUGA